GCAGCAGCGCUUUGCAACACUGUAAUUCUGGACAAUGUAUUAGGAUUGCAUUUAGUUAGGUAUUUAGUAUUUAUUUUCAGGUAUUUUUCCGAGGGUACUGUGGAUAGGACAUAUUCACUGGGCAGAAGGAACAAAAAGAGGGAGGGUGUUCCGCCAGAUUAUAAACUACAUCACGCCCUUCCUUAAUUGCCACGGGCUAAAGCCAGUUCUGCAAUCCUUGGACAUAUUUCAAUUCUUCCCACUGUAAUGUAUGCAGGCAGAUUUUCACUUUUAACUUCACAUUUUAAAAUCCAGCCAUUUUGACUUUCUCUCUCAUGAACAGCGGUUGACCACACAUACCAAUUUAAAUUUUGCCAUUCAAACUAUAUUUCUGGAUUAAAAAAAAAUUUCUAUAUGCAUAUUCAAAAAAUUGGCCUUUAUCCUUUUUCCUUGCCACCGCCCUGUGGUUUCUUUCCUUAAGUACUGGGACCAACCCUUUCCCUUAUCCUCUUGUCACUGGCACUGUGCCUUUCCUGCCGAGAGGACAGGUGAGAAGAACUGCAGGCUGCUGUAUAGCAUGCAAAGCUGUGGGUCUCACUUGCUCCCACUCAUCUUGUCAUUGUGUGUAUGCGUCUCUGCCUUUUGGGCCAGUGAUUCCUACAAAAAGGAGCUUGCGUGUGUCUGAAGGCACCAACUCUACUGUCGCACCUUUUGGAAUGUCAACUUCCAAUGCGAAUAGUGAUACACCCCUCAUCACAAGCUGGUAUCCAAAGCUCCAGAGCAGACUCUGGCUACAAAGGGGCAGUGGGGAUAAUAUCGAUGGUGAAGGAACUGGUGAUAACAAAUUGGAAGCUUCUUUCCGAUCUCUCUCAACUUUACUUUUGAUAACCUUUGAUGGAAAUUAAAAUUGUCAGUGAUUAAGACCACUUUGCAUAACGAUGGCUGGUGCUGUUGAUGACCUGAUUGGAAUCCCAUUUCCAGACCAUAGCAACAAGCUGCUUUGUAGUUUGAAUGAACAGAGGCAGGAUGGCCUUUUCUGCGACGUUGUCCUGAUAGUAAAGGAUCAGGAGUACAAGACCCAUAGGUCAAUCCUUGCUGCAUGUAGCAAAUACUUCAAGGCACUCUUUACCUCAGACACUCUUGGAGAACAACACAAUGUUUACCAGAUUGACUUUGUGACACCAGAAGCACUUUCUGCGAUUUUAGAGUUUGCUUAUACUUCAACCCUCACUAUUAGCAACUCAAAUGUAAAGGAUGUUUUAAGUGCAGCACAGCAGUUGGAAAUCCAGUGUGUUAUUCAAGUAUGCAUUGAUAUCAUGGAGGCAAGUGGCGAGGUGAUCAAUGAAAGUGAACUUUCAGAAGAUACAACCAUCAAAGAGCUCGAAGAUGAUCCAUCCCAAGAAGACGUCAGGAAAUGCCUCCACCAAAAACCUGAAAAAUCUCUCAAACAAGAUCUUGAGCAAUCACCUCAAGAACCUACCAAUGAAUCUAGGCAAAACCAGUGGGAUAGGGAAUGUGAUUUUAAACGCUCCUUGACUAGCAAUCUUGUAGAAAACCAAUGCAGAGAACUGCCUCAAGAAUUUUUAAACCGAUUUGCGGUUAAUAUUCCUGAUGGAAGCUUGGGACCUGUUAGCGAUUUCUCCUUGGAGUCGUUCUUAAAAGAAGGGUUGAGUUCCAGAGGGAAUUUGCUGAAUGGAGAGAUUCCACAUGGACCAGGAUUAUUUCCUCCCUACUGGAAUGGAGGAUAUAAUGGAUUUCCCCAGCUUGUGGAGAGUCAUGAUGUGGACCAAUUGCCCCUUAAUCUGGUAAUGAAAAAGGAAAAUAUCAAGCAAGAGGUCAAAGAAGAUCUGUCUACAACCACAAGUUUGUGUGACUUUUUUAAAGGUAUUCUGAUGGGAAACAGUCAGAAUAACCUGGACACAUUAAAAGAUGGACUGGAUUUUAAUUCCUAUUUGAAUAUAUUAGGUCCUUCCUAUUUGGCAGCAGUCUAUCCAACUUGGCCCUUGGAUUAUGAGAAAAAAAUGAGACCCAAGGCAUCUCAACAAUGUCCGAUCUGCAACAAAGUGAUCCAAGGAGCAGGAAAGUUACCACGGCACAUGCGGACUCAUACAGGGGAGAAACCAUACAUGUGCAAUAUAUGUGAAGUCCGCUUUACCAGACAGGACAAGCUGAAGAUUCACAUGCGAAAGCAUACAGGGGAAAGACCCUACACGUGUAUUCAUUGCAAUGCUAGGUUUGUGCAUAACUAUGACUUAAAAAACCACAUGCGGAUACACACAGGCGUCCGUCCUUACCAGUGUGUGCACUGCUUCAAGAGUUUUACCCGCUCUGAUCACCUGCACAGACACAUCAAGAGGCUGAGCUGCCGCCUGCCACGGCCUCGGCGGGGCCGUAAACCUGCUGCCUGGCGCUCCACCAGCCUCCUCUACACACAGGGCGGCCCAUCUCAGGGCACAACGUCCAAUGAAAGCGGCAUCAGCAUCCUGCCAAAAGAAGAGGACAGAAUUCCAAAGGCAAGCAAGAUGGAGCUCGGCUACAUUGAAAAGCACUUUAAUGUAGAUGCUCAAAAUUCCAAGACCUUCAUCAGCAACACAGCAGUUGAAGAAAGAGAAAAUUUCAUGGCAAACAUGUUGAAUGGGAACCAUGUCAUAGAUGAAAGGGACAGAAGCAUCUUUGCUUUUAGCCUGACUCACAACAAUGCUUUCUCUCACUUACCCCGACACUAUUUCUCAACAAGUGAUCCAUGGGGCAUGCAAUUUAAUCCUGCUGCUUCUAUUCCGGAGACUAGUAAGUAAAGAACAAGAUGAUGAGUUUUAAACGACUUGAAAUUAAUGCAGAGAUACAUUUCCAUAGUUUGACAUUUACUUUCUGAAGGGGAAAAUGAAACAUAAAUGGAUGAUAGUGGGGAAUUUAUCUUUACAUUUUAUGUAUAAAAUGUCUUCAACAAAUAAUUUUACAGACCACCGAAUGAUCUAGAACUGAUCUAUUAUAUAAUUGUAUUUAAACAAAAGGAUCCAAAGAAGUUGAAUACUGUAGCCUACAUGAACUUGAAACUCCUUUCCCUUUGCUGAUGUUUUGUGGGAGAAUUGAUGUCAUUAUUUUUGUAAUGUUAUGUACUUCUUGUGACUCCUAUCUCUUCAAUAACUCAAAUGAGUUUUCCAUGGCAUUAAAAGGGGAUCUCAAUAUUGGCUCAUUCAUUGAUCAAAACCAGAAACUUUUUCUCAGCUGAAUAUCAUUGGUUAGGUUGCCGGAUUUGUAUUUGGUUUAAUUUAUUGAACUGAGCUGCUUUAAUUAAUUAAGAAGUUUGUUAACAAAGGAAAAAUAAUUUCUGAUUAACAUAAAAGGGUUAAAAGUUCUUGAUUUGUUGUAUUUCUAUAUAUAUGCAGAAUAUAUUGUGCAAGGACCAUCUCCAUAUUCUAGGUAAGGGAAAAAUAGCAUCAGGAUAUUAGAUUGCUUUACAUACUGUCUUCACUUACAGAAGAAUCAUAACUGCAGACUGCAUAUGCAAUGGGAGAACUGAUGUUACUUGCUGGAUUUUUAGCUAUAAGGUAGGCCACCUUCAUUCUCUAUCAAUCUUGCCAUGAUAGUCAUAAGUAAUUAUACUCUUAGUUUAUAAGAUGAUUGCACCUUGCAGUAAUUGAUAAUUUACAAUGGGGGAAAAACAGCAUAAGAUUAAAAAGACUCACAAUUAUAGUACCCUAAGUUGGAAGGUACCACAAAACAAUUCCAGGCCAAAACACAAUUUUAUUUAUCUACUAUUUAAACAACAAAAACAUCUAGGGCGACGAGAUCCAGCUCAGAGAACUGUGCAAGACUCAAAGCUGGAGUAAUUCAGCGGGUAUUCAGCUUUAGUUUAUUGUCACGUGUACAGAGGUACAGUGGAAAGAUUUUGUUGCGUGCUAACCAUACAGCGGAAAGACAAUGCCUGAUUACAAUCGAGCCAUUCGCAGUGUACAGAUAUAUGAUAAGGGAAUAAUAUUCAGUGCAAGUUAAAGCCAGUAAAGCACGAUCAAAGACAAUCCGAGGGUCCCCGAUGAGGUAGAUAGUAGUUCAGGACUGCUCUCUAGUUGCACGUGGAUGGUUCAGUUGCCUGAUAAUCUGGGUCCUUCUGUGAUUGCCCGGGUCAGGCAGCAUCUAUAGAGAACAUGGAUAGGUGACGUUACCAGUCAAGACAAUGAUACUGACCAAUUCAAUGGUUUAACGUAGGUUUUCUAACCUACAUAUCUGUGGCUCUCGUGAAGGCACAGAUACGUAAAGAACAAAGCCAGGCCCUUUGGUCCAUGCUAGCCAUCUAGCACCCAUUUACACUAAACCUAUUUUGUUCUCUCCACAUUUCCAUUAGCUCCCUCAUUCCAGGUCCAUCACUCACAUACAUACCAGGGCUAUUUACAGUGCCCAAUUAACCUACCAACCUAAAUGUGUUUGGGAUGUGCAAGGAAGCCGGACAUUAUUGCGAACCCAGGGAGAACAUGCAAACAUGGAGUUCAGAAAUGAAGUUAUGUAUCUGGAGUUGUGAGGUGGAAACACUACUAACUGUGCAAUAUGCCAUCCCUAUUCAUCUAUCCUGUUACUGAUAUGAAAGUGCAAAUAUCCAGAUGAAUGCAAUGCACUGUUUACAGAAGAUGGAGUAUGAAUAUGUUUUUUUUUGUUAUGAAUUCUUUACAACUGUUACCUUCUGCAAAAUAAACAAGAUAUUUUGUGUAAAGGCACUCACCUUUGGAAACCCGACAAUGUAUCAUAUAAAGUGUAGAUUAAA